AACGGGACCUCAGAAAGCGGGUGCAGUCUUGAGCAACGCAGAUCGCACAGCGCACAUCUGCUCCGGCGGGCAAAGAAAACCCUCAAGCUUUCUGCUCGUUUCUCACAACACAGCAAGACUGUGGACAGGAUUAUUUUAAAAUUAUCUUCCCAACCUCUCUCUUAAAAAAUAAAUAAAAAAGCCGACCAGACGUAAAGUCAAGACUUUUUUUUGGGAAGAUAAUCGGCAUUCUUGUUUGUAUUGGCUUAUUGUCUGCGAGCGACCAUCACAGAUCGUCUCUAAAGCAUAAAGAAAAUGAUGAACAACAGAGAUCGCUGGAGGAUGUACAAGAGAGUGAGUGUCAUGUUUUUCCUGGCUGUGGUGGCGCUAACUGCUGUCCAGAAAGGGAGCAUCAACAUGGGGACUUCCUUCGAACUCGAGAGGCAGGCUCGCAUGGAUGCCUCUGAGGAAGAGGAACCUGAAGCUGCUGUGGAAAGGAAGACUAACUCGUACGUGGCAAUAAAAGGCUUCUGGAAAGCUGACAAACGGCAGCAGACGCCUAAAAGUCCAGGCAAAAUACAAGAGUCAAGGACCACCGAGGACAGCAAUCCCAGAAAAUGGGAUGUAACCAGCUCCAACUGUACCGCCAACCUCAACCUCUCAAGUCAGGACUGGUUCAUCAGCCUCGAGCAAAAUUUCAAGCAGUUCAUGCUUUAUCGACACUGCCGUUACUUCCCCAUGCACCUCAACCACCCAGAGAAGUGCACAGGGGACAUAUAUUUGCUCAUGGUCAUAAAAUCUGUGGCCACCCAGCAUGACCGCAGGGAGGUCAUCCGAAAAACCUGGGGCAAAGAGCAGGUGGUUGACGGCAAGAGGAUUAAGACCCUUUUCCUUCUUGGUAAACCCUCCAACGAGGCAGAGAGAGUGAACCAUCAGAAGCUAGUGGAGUACGAGGACCACAUCUACGGGGACAUCCUCCAGUGGGAUUUCCUAGACAGCUUUUUCAACCUCACACUUAAAGAGACUCACUUCCUUAAGUGGUUCCACACUUACUGCCCCGGCGUACGCUACAUCUUCAAAGGUGACGAUGACGUCUUUGUCGGUGUCGACAACAUCUUUGAGUUUCUCGAAAGCAGCAAACAUGCAGAGAACUUAUUUGUGGGAGACGUGAUUGUCAAGGCUGUGCCCAUUCGUAAAAAGGAAAACAAAUAUUACAUCCCCCAGGCCCUGUAUAAUAAGACACACUAUCCUCCAUAUGCAGGUGGAGGGGGUUUUCUGAUGGAUGGGACUCUGGCGAGGAGGCUUCACUGGGUGGCAGACACCCUGGAGCUCUAUCCCAUCGAUGAUGUCUUCUUGGGCAUGUGUCUGGAGGUGCUUGAGGUCACUCCUAUAAAACAUAACGCCUUUAAGACGUUUGGCUUGGUGAAAAAUAAGAAAAGUAAGUUGAACAGAGAACCCUGUUUCUUUAGGAGCAUGAUUGUGGUGCACAAGCUGCUCCCGCCAGACCUCAUGCACAUGUGGAACCUGGUCAACAGUGACCUUGUCUGCUCACAGAAAGUGGAGUUCCUAUAGCUUUAUGGGUAACGCCAGGUAAGGACAGCGCCGACAAGCUGAGCUGCACCUUGGUGGAUACUAAUAUGAUGCGUGAGAGUCGAGGUUCCCAGUAAACUCUCCUUUGUGUGGAGCGGGAAUGUGGGCAACAUUGGAAUUUGCUGUUCCUGAGCAGUAAUGCAAUUUUUGGAGGAGGUUCCUCGAAAGUCAAGUAAAUUAUAUAGAGUUUAUUUAGAAUUGUGUAUUUAUAUUGGUAUUGUGAAGGACUCACACUGUCAGCACACAGAUUCAGAGACAAUUACAGAAAGAACUAACACAUAGAGAUGUUGAGGCCAACAUCUCUACUUGUUUUCCCUGUUGGAUUGAUCCAUGGAGGUUUUCACUAGCCAGGAAACAAGAAGCCUUGUGGUAGUGAGCUGGAACCAAACCAGCACGUUAAUGUGAAAAUACACCUCAAAAAUGUCAGCAAAAUUCAUUGCAAUGACAAAUGGUAAACAAAAACAUGAAUAGGUUUAAAAUACUGCAACAGGCAGGCCAGAGAGAAAUCAUGUUUGACUUAGUGUGAGCCCUGGAGGCUUUGGUUCUAAAGCCAAUGCACAUGCUGCACAGCCUGUAUUUAUGCAAGCAUUUUGGGUUUGUAUGAGUGUUACGCAUUGCCUUCAAUCAGAUCAGUAUAGCGUGCUGUAGUGGCUUCAAAUGGUUUCACGUAAGAGAAAGAAACUAUUCUCUCUACCUCAGUGAUUUGGUCAAAAAAGUAAUUUUCAUCAUUGGUCACAGUAACCCUGACACUAUAAUCUUCACAUGCAGUUCUUGCUCCUGAGAUUUUAAUCACUUUUUGUAACGUAGAGGUCCUUGCACUCAUUUUUUGUAAUGUAACUGACUUGAUAUGGACGUCUACUACUCCUAUACUACUGGAAACUUUACAAGAAAAUGUCUAAACUUGUUGGUUAUAUGCUGUCUGUGGAUUUCAGUGUGCUGAUAUACUUGACAUGAAUUUGGUGGAGGGCAUGCAAUGAGACUGUGAACUAAAACUAUUGCUGGUACGAGUUUCGGAUAUCUUAAUUUAACUCUUCCCCCAAAGGGACAAAGGGGGCAAAUGUAGGGUUCUUCUUUUUAAUUUAAAGCAUCAGACAUUCAUGAAAUGUUCAAUGAUUAUAAAGCUGAAUGUGAUGGGUGUAGUGAGUGAUGAUUAUGUCUUGGUGAUGUAAAUAUAUGUAAAAAAUCAAAAUGUACAUAGAAUGUCAUUUGUAAAUAAACAUCUCGACAACACA